AUGACCGCACACACCCAGCCCAUCGAAACUGUUCUGACGACCUUAAACACCCUUACGGCCGAGAGCUUCGUCAACGAUGGUGAUCGGAACAAGGCUCUCCUCGCCGCAUAUGCGCUUGUCAGCCGACUCGAGACACCAUGGGAGACAGUAGCAAGAAUCGGCAUGACACAGCCUGCCCUCGGGGCCAGCCUGAAAGUAGCCAAGGGCUUGCAGCUAUUCGAGAAAUGGCACGAACGGGGUGACAACGCAGAGAGCAGCAACGACCUAGCAACCAUGGUCCAUUGCGAUCCUGUUCUCCUCGCCCGCAUCCUCCGCCACCUCGCAGCAAACCACAUCCUCGAAGAAACCUCCCCCAAUACCUUCAAACCAACCCCAUUCUCGCUCUCCCUCCUCCAACCCAUCUUCGGCGAAUGGAUCAACUUCCUUUACGACGCCACCCUCCCCUGCUACCUCCACCUCCCCACCUACCUCCACCAAACCUCCUACACCAACCCCACCUCCCCAACAACCGGAAUCUUCCAAUCCACCAAAAACUACCACGGCGAUCUCUUCCAAUACUACGCCUCUCACCCCCGCGAAGGCGCCUCCUUCAACCACGUCAUGGGCGCCGUAAUGGCCAACCAAGCCAGCUGGCUCGACAUCAUCCCGCCUGCCCACUUCCUGGAGAACUCGGACCCGAACUCACCUCUCAUCGUCGACGUAGGAGGAAACAUCGGCUACGACCUCGAGAAAUUCCGUACCGCGUACCCACACACCGCGGAGCGACUCUACCUCCAGGACCUCGAGCCCGUGGUGAAGGUAUCGAAGUGUCCGGAUCCGGUGGUUAAGAUGGUGCAUGAUUUUUUCGAGGAGCAGCCGGUUAGAGGUUCAAGAAUCUACUACCUCCACGGCGUAUUACAUGAUUGGGCUGAUGAGCCUGCGAAAAACAUCCUAAAGAUGUUAAGGGGCGCCUUGAAAGCAGGAUAUAGUCGACUGUUGGUCCAUGAUCAUGUUGUUCCCGAGAUGGAGGCCCAUCCACAUGCCACGGCGUAUGAUCUGACCAUGAUGGUGAUGGUGGCUGGGAAGGAGCGGACGGAGACGGAGUGGCGGGGGUUGUUGGGGGAGGCGGGGUAUCGGGUGGUGAGGGUUUGGAGGUCGGCGUUGGCGACGCAGGCGAUUUUGGAGGCUGAGGUUGCAGAGUAG